AUGCCGCGCAUCCUGAGCACCAGCCAUCUGCAGAACCGUCGGAGACGGAGUUCCAUCGGAUCCAGCAGCUCGAGCUUGAGUAUGAGCUACUCUGAUUCUGGCAGGAUACAUCAGUCUGUUCUCUCCGAUUGGUUCAGCGUCCUCGUGGGAAAUAGAAGCGUCAACGACUCAAGCACCAAGGCCUCCUCUUCUCCCAAGGAAAGCAAGGCUACCGCUUCUUCGGCAUCACCGUUCUCGUCUCUGUCAUCUUCCGGGACAAACACACCGUCUGUCCUCGGUGACCAAACUCCCAUCCCCAUCAGAAGCAAGCCCCGCCGCCAAAUCAUCCCUCGUCGAUCGAGCACUGGUUCCACCACCGAUGACAGCUGGGGUCAGUUUGUAGACACCGCUGAAGCCGAACGAGAGCUGAUCCGACACAGCCGAGUCCUCUCCAAGAGGGAACUACCAAGGCAUUCCAUUUGCUACUGA